UUUCGAUGAUAUGUCACAUGAAUCGUGCAGUGAGGUUAGACUUUCAACGGUUAAUGGUAUAACUUACCUCCUCGCAAACCCACAAUCCCAUGGCAUACUUAAAGUGCUUCUGCCAAGACUGGGGCAUUUGAUGCUAGAUAGUGUUACUUCAGUACGCGUUGCAAUGGUAGAUCUGCUGCUUCUUUUACGAGAUGUUCGUGCUUUCCAGUUUAAUACGGUAGUGAGCUUGGAUGUGUUAUUAUCUGUGCUUGCCUCUGAUCAGACUCAUGUUGCUAAGGGAAUCGCUCGACUGCUAAUACCAUCAUACUUUCCAUCAAGAAAGAGAGCUGAGGAGGCAUGCCAGCGAUGUAGAACACUCAUAAACAGAAACCCAAUGGCCGGUGCACGGUUUUGCGAAUUUUUAGUAUCUUUAGGAGCAACCGUUCAAUCUGUGCUGCACCUUGUUGGGUUCUUGUUGAAUUCAGUCUUGUCAGGUGAUAAGCUAGAGGAGAACCAGACUGAAGGCUUGCUUCGUUCUGCGUACUAUCUCUGUAAAGAUUUGGUUGCUGAUUCUGGGUGUAUGGCCUCCCUGAAAAAGUUGUUACCUGGAGUAAAAUUGAAAAGCUUGCUAUCAUUUGCACCCACUGCACAGGCUCAGUCAUCUGUCUUCGAUAUAAUCGCUAUGAUCUCCCCUGAUAUGGUCUCUGACGUCCUAGAAGAUUGCAUGAAUUUAGUUGUCAAUUGUGGUGGUUCGCCUGGUGAUCCAGGACGACAGACUGAGUUGAGGUCUGUACACAAGUUAUUCCUGNUCAAAAGAAUGAGAAACACCAUAGUUUCAUUGGUGAAAGGUAACUGUAAGGUGGUCGAUGGAAUUGGUUAUUUUCUUUUGAUAUGUUCUGCAGUGAGUAUAGAGAAGAAGGAUUACAGUACAGCCCUAGGAUUGUUGAACUUUGUAUGUGUGAAAUUGGUUAGUAGAGAAGAUAGAGAGUGGAGAGAGCUGGACACAAUGUUGGUGUUACUUCCAAGAAUCUACCCGAUCAUAGAGCGAGAGAUUGGUGAAGAAAGUGAUGAAGAUGUAGUUAAGAAACUGGAGGCCGCAAGAGAUUUGCUUCAACCUGUGUGGAUGUACCAUGUCUACGAAACCAGAAGGUUUCGCAUGAUGGAGGAAGAAGAAGAAGAAUAG